AUUAACGGUAUUUUAAAAAGGUUGGAAAGUUAGGCUUUGAAGCAACAGAGUUGAUAAGUACGGCCAUUUCUCAUUUUCUUUAUUGAUCAAUCAAUCAUCGAUUCGUCGAUCGACCAUUCUAGGUCUUUUUUUCUUUUCUUUUUUAAUGUUUCGAUUUUGAUUUGUCCAUCGAGAUUCGUGAGGAAAUGGAGAUUCAACAAUAUUCAGGCAACUUCAAGCUAUGGAGCGAAAUGGAGUUGCAUGAAUUCAAAGACAAGUUCGUGUUCAAAGCAGUUGAAUCGCCUGAUCAAUGCUUCUCCAUCGGCCGAACCAAUGGCAACAUCGAGCCGCUGAACAUUGUCUCAGGUGAUACUUCUGCGAAUCGUUCAAAAGUUUCUACAAUAUAUGGGGUGGCUGGAACUAUUAGGUUACUUGCAGGGACAUAUGUACUGGUGAUAACUUCUCGGAAAGAAGUUGGAAGUCAUCUUGGUUUCCCUGUUUUUCGUGUGAUGUCUAUGAAGUUCUUGUCCUGCAAUGAGUCUUCACUUUCAAACUAUCAAAAAAGCGAUGAGGCUUACUUCAGAACCCUAUUAAAAAUAGUGGAAUCAACUCCAGGGUUGUAUUAUUCAUAUGAAACAGAUAUAACGUUGAACUUGCAGAGGAGAUUGAAGUUGGCUGAAGGGUGGAUGAGUAAAGCAAUUUGGAAGCAGGCUGAUCCCCGAUUUGUUUGGAACAGAAAUAUUCUGGAGGAGCUUAUUGAGAAUAAGCUUGAUGGGUUUAUCAUCCCUCUGUUACAAGGAAGCUUUCAGGCUGGACAGCUCAAGCUGAAGAAUUCACCUGCCACAGUUACAUUAAUUUCUAGGAGGUGUACGCGGCGCCUAGGGACUCGGAUGUGGAGAAGAGGUGCUAACCUUGAAGGAGAGACUGCAAAUUUUAUUGAAACCGAGCAAUUGCUGGAGUUUGAAGGCUUUAGGUCGUCAUUUUUACAGAUUCGAGGUUCCAUUCCACUUCUUUGGGAGCAAAUUGUUGACUUGAGCUAUAAACCACAACUGAAUAUUAUUGAUCAUGAGCAACAGUCAAAGGUUGUGGAGCGCCAUUUUCGUGAUAUUUUACAAAAAUAUGGAGAGACUGUAGCAGUUGACCUAACUGAUCAACAUGGUGGUGAGGGAAAACUGAGUAUGGCAUUUGCUGCUGAAUUGGAAAAGCUUCCAAAUGUGAGAUACAUUUCAUUCAAUUUCCAUCAGUAUUGUGGCAACUCAAACCUUGAUAAUAUACACAUUCUCUAUGACCAAGUCUCUGAGGAUUUUGAAAAGCAAGGAUACUUCCUUGUGGAUGGAGAAGGAAAGAUCUUGGCAGAACAGAAAGGAAUUAUUAGAUCUAAUUGCAUUGACUGCCUUGACCGAACAAAUGUUACACAGAGUUACCUAGCUCAAAAAUCUUUGAAUUCACAGCUGCAGAGGCUUGGUGUACUUUCUUCCACUGAGUUCAUUUCCAUGUUCAAUGAAGAAUUUGAAAUUUUCAAAACUUUGUGGGUGGAUCAAGGUGAUGAGAUAAGCCUUGAAUAUUCUGGGACCCAUGCACUGAAACGGGAUCUUGUUAGAUAUGGGAAACAAACUAUGGCAGGGAUAAUUAAAGACGGGAUCAGUGCAAUUUCAAGAUAUUAUUUAAAUAACUUUCAUGAUGGUCUUCGUCAGGAUGCAAUGGAUCUUAUAAGUGGCCGAUAUAAUGUCCACAGAAACAGUCCUUUCCAGCUAAAUGGUUUUGAAUCGUUCUCGUAUCUCCCUGUAGCAUCAGCUCUGUUAAUUGGAGGAUUGACAGCAACAUCAGUCACACUCAACCAAGCUGGACAAAAUGCACAACAUUUUAUGUCUUCUAUAAUCUGCGCUGGUGUAACCGCCGGUAUGAUGGCACUGGUCAAAGCUAAUGGAAGGCAGUUCUGCUCAAGACCUCGCUUGUGUGGCCUCUUGUAAAUGUUUGGCAUUCCAAAUAAGAAAUGAUAUUUGAUCAUUUGCCCAAAACUGUUUAUAAUACCUGUUAUGUUGAAUACCUUAACAUUUAAAUUGUAAUCAAUUCAACCAGUGAACCUAUCUCAUGGGUUGAUUAGAUUUCAUAAGUUUGGCCUUUGUUGUAUUUGGCUAUUUAGGGUAAUGCUGGAUGAGAUUCAAAUAAUGUCGAACUGGUGACUCGUGUUUGUUU